AUGCAGGCUUACAUGGGCCCGUCCCUGUUCCAGCCGCACCGCGCUCGCCAGGCCAUCCGGGACGCGUACGAGAAGAAGAUCCCAUGCAUGAUCGGGUACUACUUCGGCCUCAGCUCGGUGCCCAUCGCACGGUUUGUUGCGCCGAUGGGUUUUGAUAUUGCCUGGAUCGAUUGGGAGCACACAUCGUGCGACGUUGAGACAAUGACCACGGAGGACCAUGGGGGGUUUGGUUGUCGCAGAGUCCCCGGCCACGACCAUGCCGCAAUCGGCUUCGCCCUGGACGCCGGAGCAAGCAUCGUCAUCCCGCAGCUUGAGACAGUCGAGCAGGCCAAGCACGUCGUCUCGUCCGCCAAGUUCGGCGCCAAGAACGGGGGCAGCCGGUCGGCGCCGCCGUUCCGCAUGAUCCCCGGCCUCACUGACAUGGCCGCCGACGGAGUGCGCGACGUGUGGCCGAACCUCAACGACCAGGCGGCCAUCAUGGUGCAGAUCGAGUCGCUCGAGGGCAUCAACAACCUGGACGCCAUCCUGACCGAGGUCCCGGACAUUGACGUGGUGUGGCUCGGUAGUCUCGACUGCCGCAUCAGCAUGGGCCUGCCGGGCAACUUCGGCUCGGGCAACGAGCCCGAGUGGCUGGCCGCCGUCGACAAGUUCAACGCCACGCUCAAGAAGCACAACAAGCCGCGCGCCGGCUUCUGCCUCACCGGCGGCGAGGAUCUGGCCAAGAUGGCCCAGGACAACGUGAUUUUGGUGCACUGUGCCGACGUGCUGAAGUUUAUGGAGCUGCCUCCCCAGCUGGCAGCGGCGAGGGAGGCAGUGGCGCUCAAGAAGUAG